CGGGGCAGGCGGGCGUGGAGCAUUCCUGCCACCCCGGCUAUUAACUCCUCCAAAAGCAGGGGAGCAGCCCGAGCCGUUUAUUUUCUUUAACAUACAAUUUGAGCGCUGGAGCAAGUUCAGAGAGGCAGUCUCCGUCCGUGUCAGCGGCCGAUAAGAAGAAGAAUGGUUUGGCAAAGCGAAUUGCGCCCGGAGCGUCCUCAGUUUGCAGCGGCACAUCCUGCGUGGGAAUGGGGGGAGGCUGCAGCCGGACCCCGUCUCACCCCGCCCUGCUCACGGCCACAGCCCCUCGGCCUUGGUUUGCAUCGCUGCGUUGAGCCGGGGCGAUCAGAGCCGCGGGUUUGGUCGCCUCUGGCUGCGGAUGACACGGCAGCAGAGCUUUCUGAUCUCUUUCGUUUCCUCCUGCGCCUCCAUGGGGCCAAAAUCCCCCGAGAUCCAUCCAAAAUGAUGCUCUUCCUGGAGAAAUACGGCUACUUCAGGGAGCCUGGGCCCGGCACACACAGCCCGGCCGAGUUCACCGAGGCGCUGAGGGAUUUCCAGCGGGUGAGCCACCUCCCGCUCAGCGGGGUGCUGGAUGCCCCCACCCUCCAUCAGAUGGCUCUGCCGAGGUGUGGCACCGACGACGGCGACAGCCGCGCUGCCGGGGCACGCCGGGCACGGCCCGCCCGGCGCCGCAGGCGCACGGCACAGCACGGCGGGCGCUGGCCCAAGCGGCACCUGACGUACCGGGUGGUGAACUGGCCGUCCUACCUGCCCCCGCACGAGGUGCGCCUGGCCGUGCGCGCCGCCUUCGAGCUCUGGAGCAACGUGUCCUCCCUGCUCUUCUGGGAGGCGCGGGACGGCCCCGCCGACAUCCGCCUCACCUUCUUCCACGGCGACCACAACGAUGGACUCAACAACGCCUUCGAUGGGCCAGGAGGUGCCCUGGCCCACGCCUUCUUCCCCCGGCGAGGAGAAGCUCACUUUGACAGCGCCGAGCGCUGGUCCUUGCACAGCGGCAAAGGGCGCAACCUCUUCAUCGUGGUGGCCCACGAGGUGGGGCACACGCUGGGCCUGCAGCACUCCCCCGUCAAGAGCGCCCUGAUGUCUCCCUACUACAAGAAGCUCAGCAAGGAUUUUGUCCUCAGCUGGGAUGACAUCUUGGCCGUCCAGAACUUGUACGGAAAGCCCUCCAAGGGCUCAGCCAUCCAGCUCCCAGGAAAGGUCUUCACUCACUUCCAGGACUGGGACACGGACCUUUACGGCAGGGACCGACAGCAGAGGAGCCUCAGCACCUACUACUGCCACUCCUUCUUCGACGCCAUAACCGCCGAUGGGGAUCACAACCUCUACAUCUUCAAGGGCAGCCACUACUGGGUGGUGUCAGCGAGUGGCAACGCCAGCGACCCCCGGCCACUGCAGCCACGCUGGCCCGGCCUCCCCGCUGGCAUCGACGCCUGCGCCUGGUCCCCGCUCAGUGGGAAGUUCUACUUCUUCAAAGGCGGCCGCUGCUGGCGCUACGCGGGCUCCAAGCUGGAGGCGGGAUUCCCCCGAAAGUGCAGCACCCUGGGGCUCCCCCGGCACCCGGACACGGCGCUCUACUUCCAGCAGCUCCGGCGGCUCGUCCUCUUCAAGGGCCCCAAGUACUUCGUGGUGGGCGAGGAGCCCCUGGGCGUGGAGCCCUACUACCCUCGCAGCCUGCGGGACUGGGCAGGGCUGCCCCCGGGCACGGCCGGGGCUCUCACCCACCGCCACGGCUCCCUCUUCUUCUUCCGUGAUGAUCAGUACUGGGAAUUCGACCAGGCCAAGCUGCAAGUGGUGGCCACCGGCAAAUGGGCCACGGAGCUGGCCUGGAUGGGCUGCUGGGAUGCCAACAGUGAGCAGGUCCUUUUCUGAGCGUAGGGUGGAACGGGGCUCUGGACCUCACCUUGCUCUGCCUGCAUCCCUCUCUGUGUGACCCUGGGCUCCUGUCUGGGGAGGGAUAGACAGGGACUGGCUGCCCGUGGGAUGGUGGAGCAGUGACCCAGCAGAGCUGGGAUGCAGCUGUGCCACAGCCAGGUGGCCUGGAGGCUUUGGGACACAGCGGUUUUUUUAAAAGACCACCAAAAAAAUGGGUUGACCAUGGAGACUGCAAACACACCCAUUUCUGUUGACUUUCAGGAUAUUGUUACACAUGUUUUUCAAACCAGGACUGGGGUUUGGUGAUACUUUUUGAUAUCUUUGUUGAUAUUUGUUGAUAUCUGCCAUUUUCCCAGGGAUCAGGCAGAGAAGUCUCUCUUUGCUGCUUGCUUUGGGGUUUGGAAGGUUUUAAAUAGCAGGCUGAGAACAUGUCCUGCUUAAAACUAAAAGAAAAGAGACAUUUGGACAAAAAUUUGGGUCCAUGUGGAGCUUUGCCCCUGCUGUUUGUUCAGACCCUGGGGUGUGGAGGGUUGGCCCCAUCCCAGUGCCCUGCUGAGGCACCAGCUGGAGACCCCACUGCAGUGGGAUUUUGGGGUGAAAGCAGAGGGGUUUGGUGUAGGAGCCUCUUUGGGGUGGAGGGAAAGGGGAGGCUCAGCUGAGCUGCUGGCCGUGUCAGUGUGCAGCUCCCAGGCAGCAGGAGCUUUGCCUUUCAGAUGGGUUUGGGGUGCCUGGGCGGGUUCUCCCGUGUCUAACAAGGGCUGUGCUCGCCUGGCAGCCCUCCCUGUGUGCAGAGAAAGUGCCUGUGCUCUGCUGCUCUGCAAGGAAUCAGCGAAUUUCUGAGUCCCUGGGCCCCACCUGGAGGAACGGGGGUGACAAAUAACUGUGGGAGGAGGGGAAGACAAGGGAGAGCAGGACAGAGGGACAUGUCCGUGCAUGCAGGCUCCCAGGGACAGUGUGGCUGCACAUUCCUCAUUCCUUUCCCAGGGCAGACUCCCCACCUGGAAACGCUGCCGGCUCCUGGGCAGGGCCACCAGACGGGUCUGCAAAGGGGCCAUGGUGUACCUGGGCUGGAGGAUGCACCUCAGCCUCGCAGGUUGGAAUUCUGAGGCAUUGCUGCUAAGCAAGGCAGGGCUCAGCUUCAUUAAAUGAUUUACUGAAACCAUUUAUCCAAGGGUUCUCCCAGGACUCAGACCCCGGCACUGCUUUGGUGCUGCUGUGCCAUGGCAGGGUGCUGCGGUGCCACGUCACGGUGCCCUCCUGAUGCCAGCAGCUUCAGGGAUUCCUCUUUUACCCAUUUUUGCCCAUUCUAGACCUCCCUGCAGAGCAGGGCUUGCCCUAAGCAGGGAUGGUGCGUCCCAAGGGCUCCAGGUGCUGCCAGAUUCCAGCUGAGCUGUGGGAUGGGGAGCCAGCACGCUUCCCAUUCUCCACCACACUUGUGAGUGAGCCCUUGGUGUGCAGACACAGACACGGGGUCUUCAUCUGCCUAAAACCUCAGGGGACUUUCCACGUUGCCAAAGAAACGGGCCAGCAGCAUUUUCAUUGGAAUUGAAUGAUAAUGAGGCGACAUUUCCUGCAGGGAGUCUCAAGGGAGGAGACCUGACAGCAAAUAAAACCAACCUCUGGCUUUGUGGCACUGGGA